AAAACAUGUUUUAGCCAUUUAGCUAUAAUGCAGCCUCAAUCAGAUGUUCAGUUCUAACUUUUUCCCAUUUUACAUCUUCACUUGAACAGGAAUUGACUGAUGACCAUGAAAGUACUAGUCCUUGUGAUGUGUCUGAUAGGACUGUGUUACUCCAUUCCAGUUUCUAAGGGUCAUGGGAGAGAGGAGCGCUCUUCGAGUCACGAGAGGUACAGAGGUUUUGGAGGGUUCCAACCCUAUCCUCAGUACCUACAGUAUUUCCCCCAGCCUCCCCAGAGUGGCUCCAACCUGAUGGCCCUGCUGCCCUUACUAUUGGCCAGACGAGCUGCCCUUCGUGCACCUGCGCCUGCACCACUUCCUGCCCUGCCGGCCCUGCCGGCCCUACCUCCCUUACCGGCUCUACCUCCCCUACCUGCAAUACCUCCCCUUCCUGCCAUACCUCCCUUUCCUGCCAUACCACCCUUGCCUGCCAUACCACCCCUACCUGCCCUGCCCGCCCUACCUGCCCCACCUGCCCUACCUCCCCUUCCCGCCCUUCCCGCCCUACCUCCUCUACCUGCCAUACCUCCGCUACCCGCCCCACCUGCCAUUCCUCCCCUACCCGCCCUACCUGCUAUACCUCCCCUACCUGCCCUACCAGCCAUACCUCCCCUACCCGCCCUACCUGCCAUACCUCCCCUACCCGCCCUACCUGCUAUACCUCCCCUACCCGCCCCACCUGCCAUACCUCCCCUACCUGCCCUACCUGCUAUACCUCCCCUACCUGCCUUACCCGCCCCACCUGCCAUACCUCCCCUACCUGCCUUACCUGCCCUACCUGCCAUUCCUCCCCUACCUGCCUUACCUGCCAUUCCUCCCCUACCCGCCUUACCUGCCCUUCCUGGCGCACCUGCUGCACCUGCCGCACCAGCUGCACCAGCCCCAUCUCUCUCAGGUUUCCUAAAUUCCAUAUUUGGAAGAAAGUAA